CUGCAAAUAAAAUUUUGAAAUCCCCUACUACCAAAUGCCAAUAGGGAAAAGAGUAUCUAGGUUCCUUCCUCCCUGAACCGAUUUGGCUUUGGCUGGCUUCUUUUCAAACUCGAUAACUCCGGUCCUGGCGCUUCCUGUUCUAACGUUAGGCGGAGCACGGAUUAGACAGAGAAACAGAGAGAGCGUGCGGGGGGGAAGAGAGAGAAUGACGGUGUUUCACUUCUUCAACUGUGCAAUUCUUACUUUCGGCCCUCAUGCGGUCUACUACUCGGCGACUCCACUAUCUGAGUACGAUACGCUUGGCACUUCGGUUAAAGCUGCUCUCGUUUAUCUUGGAACAGCCCUAGUAAAGCUUGUAUGCAUAGCAACCUUUCUCAAAGUACCAGAGAAUGACGGUUUUGAUACAUAUCAGGAAUUAUUGAAAGCUUUAAUUGGAUUUAUCGAUGUUGCUGGGCUGUACUUUGCUUUGACUCAAUUGACCCACAGAAACAUAUCGCAAAGUCAUAAAUUUCAAGCUGUUGGACUUGGAUGGGCUUUUGCUGAUUCUGUUCUACACAGGCUAGCACCUCUCUGGGUUGGUGCGAGAGGCUUAGAAUUUACUUAUGAAUACAUUCUGCAGGGUCUCGAGGCAAAUGCAAAUCUGGUCUUAACUGUAUCUCUUGCUGCAUUGGGAUCUUUGAUGUGGCUCCGGAAGAACAAACCCAAGACUCUGAUUCCUUUAAUUUAUGCAUGUGCUGGGAUUCUUGCAACUAUGCCAUCUAUCAUAAGCUAUCUCAGGCGAGGUUUGGGAUGGCACUUUCCAAAGGUGGUGGGUUUUGAACUUUUUACUUCCCUUGUGAUGGCAUUUAUUAGUUGGCAACUUUUCUCUGCAUGUCAGAGACCUGCUGCUUAAAAGUAACUGUCCACCGGAGGAAGUUCCAACCAAUUUUGUUCAUGAGGGAUUUGCCUUCGAAUCUGACUCUACUGCGGAAGGAUCUCUGCCUUCCAAUCUGACUGUACUGCGGAAGGAUCUCCAAGUUCAAAGGAUGAAAGAAUGUAGUAUUCCUUGAAACCUACUUAAUAAUCACAUUCAGGUUAAUCUUGAGGAGUUCUGCUGUAUUUUUUUGGGCAGUCUUUCACUACAGAUGAUUUAUUGAAGGGGAUAAAUCAGUUCAUCAUCUUCGUUUGAUUCUUUUUA